CUCCCUCCAAUUCUAUAUAAACCUCACCCUCACUUGCAACAGAAUCAGCCAUCAGCAUCCCAGACUCUUGAGAGAGAGAAAGAGAGAGAGAGAGAAAGAGAGAGAUUCCAUGGCCAGGGCCAGCGCUUCCUCCUUCCCUUCCAUCCAAACCUGCUCCUCCGACAACCGCCAGGAUCAAACCGUCAUCUCCGACCUAAAUGGAAGCCUACUCCGUUCACCCUCCGCCUUCCCUUACUUCGCCCUGGCAGCCUUCGAAACCGGCGGCCCUCUCCGCCUUCUCUUUCUCCUCUUCCUUUAUCCUCUCUCCGCCUUCCUCCACCACUUCGUCUCCGAAUCCGCCGGCAUCCAAGUUCUCAUCUUUGCCUCACUCGCCGGAGCCAAGCUGUCGACAAUCGAGUCGGUGGCGCGUGCAGUUCUGUCGAAAUUCUAUGCGGAGGAUUUGCACCCGGAGACGUGGCGGGUGUUGUCGGCGUGUGGCCGGCGGUGCGUGGUGACGACGGAGAUUCCGACGGUCAUGGUGGAGCCGUUCUUGAAGGAGUAUUUGGGGGUUGAUGCGGUGGUCGGGACAGAGCUUCGGGUUUAUAGGGGAAGGGCUACAGGGCUGGUGCGCGGCGCCGGAGUGCUCGUCGGAGAUAAGAAGGCUGAAGCGAUUAGCAGAUUUUUUGGUGGAGAAUCGGUGCCGGAGAUUGGGAUUGGUGAUCAGAAGUCGGAUUUCGCAUUCCUGAAACUUUGCAAGGAAUCUUACAUGGUGCCAGCCAACUCAAAACUCCCAGCAGUAAGCUCCGUUGACCUCCCCAAACCAAUAAUCUUCCACGAUGGCCGCCUCGUCCAAAAACCCACCCCGCUCAUCGCCCUCCUCACCGUCCUCUACCUCCCCUUCGCCUUCUUCCUAUCCCUUCUUCGGAUCGUCCUCGGCUGUCUCCUCCCUUGCCACCUUGCUCUCCCUGUCCUCCGUUCCCUUGGCGUCCGCAUAGUCAUCCAUGGCACCCCUCCUCCUCCUCCCUCCAGCUCCUCCAGCGGCGUCCUCUUCAUCCUCCCCCACCGCACUCUCCUUGAUCCCGUCUUCCUCUCCUUCUCUCUCCGCCGCCCCGUCACCGCCCUCACUUACUCCCUCUCCCGCCUCUCCGAACUCAUCUCCCCAAUCAACACCGUCCGCCUCACCCGCCACCGUGCCACCGAUGCCGCUGCAAUAAAAAAUCUCUUAAGUCAAGGUGAUCUCGCCAUCUGUCCUGAAGGAACCACUUGCCGCGAGCCCUUUCUGCUAAGAUUCUCCGCUCUGUUUGCUGAAUUGACCGACGAAAUCGUGCCGGUUGCCAUGAAUGUUAGGAUGAGCAUGUUUUACGGAACAACUGCGAGAGGAUGGAAAGGAUUGGAUUCGUUCUACUUCUUUAUGAAUCCAAGACCGGUUUAUGAAGUUAGCUUUUUGAGUAAGUUGGGGAAGGAGCAGACAUGUGGAGGUGGAGGGAAGAGUAGCUUUCAAGUGGCCGAUCAUGUGCAGAGAAUGAUUGCGAUGAAGCUAUCGUAUGAGUGUACGAGCUUGACAAGAAAAGAUAAAUAUAGGAUUUUGGCAGGGACGGACGGAGCGGUGGCGGAGAAGAAGAAGGGGAAGUUGGUCGGCGGAGGAGGGAAGUAUGUGGUUCGAGCUGUUUUUUACUUGUGUUCUUUUUGGGAAAAGGUUCCUCGCGGGAGGUUUUGGGUAAAGGUUCCUCGUCUGAGCGUCGGCGAGUAAGGCCAGAAAUGUUGAUGGUUAGUUUGAACGUAGAGGAGACCAUAGGUGUGCAAGGAAGAAUGAUUUGGAACUUUGCACAACUUGUUGUACUUCCUUUUCUUUUCUUUGUUUGAAAUA